AUGUCUGGUUUGUGUGAGCUGAUCGAUUUUAUUUGUAUGGAAAAUGGAGUUGUAGCAAAACAUCUUGAUGACACACUAUUGAACAGACUAGAAACUGCUCUUUACUGUCAAGACCAAAGUCACAAGCAAUUCUGGGAUGAUUUUUAUUGCAAGGAAUUUAAAAUCUUUAUGGAUAAUUUUGACCAACCUUUAGGAAAUGAUGAUAUUUCCAUAGGAAAACUCAAAAUCAAGUUUGCAGUUCUAUGGCAAAUGAAAAAUCAUUGCUCUAAGGAGGAUUUUGAUUGUCUUAAAUCCAUCUUGCAAAAAUUGAUUCUUUCUGAUAACGUUCAAAUUAUAUCUGCACUGCAAAAGUUUUAUGAAGUGAAUUUAACAUCAGAUUUUUCCUUCGACAUAUACUUAGACGAAAACAAUACUUGUUUAUUGAAGCUCAAGAAAAUGUGUGAGCAGUCAGUAAAUAUUCAUUCCAUCCGAUCAACGAUUUACCUAUUCAUUUUACUUUUGCGUGCAGCCAUUGAAAAUGAUGAUUCAUUCGAAGAGUAUAUCACUUUACUUGAACAUCCAAGUGAAAACGCUUUAGAUUUUGUACAAGAUCUCUCGACAGAAAUUAUUCGAACGUCUAAAGCUUCUGAUGAUCGAACUCUCUAUAAGUUUCUUACAAAAUUGUCGGAAGUGCUCCUAGAGCGCUUUCGUAGCAAUCGUGAAGAACUCCGAAAUAGUAGACGUUUUCCUUUACUUCUGAUGACCGUCGCACCUUACAACAUAGAGAUAACGCCGGACUUCUUUGACCCACCAACUGCCACUUUUGGUGCAGAUUUGAGAGCCCUUAUAUCUUGUAAAAUGUUCCAAAAUUGCUCUGUGCAUAAACACUUGGCAAGACUUUGGUUUGACUUAGUGAUGAAGUUUGAUAGAAAUACCGAGAACAAUAACGGCAGCUGCAGCAUUCUUUCCUCUAUCACUACUUGUGUUGAGGAUUUCUCGAAAUUACCCCAUUUUGUAUCCGAAAUGCCACCAGAUUUCAUUGAACGUCUGUGGAAAGUUGCUUCUGAAAGUCUCUAUCGGAAAGUCUUUGAUCGGGCGUUUGGCUAUUACUGGUUACUCUUCGCCAAAUUUUGUGUCCUUCUAACAGAAGAGGAUAAGAAGAAAUACUUGGAAUGGCUCAAUGAUAUAAUUAUUGUUUCUCCUGAAGUUAUUGGUGAACAAGUGCAGGUUCUUGACGCCUUUUACUGCCUUUACUCUAGCAUCCACUCUUUUGAUAUUUUUGAACAAGGUCGAGCCUUCGAGAGAAUUUAUCACCUCGCUAAGUUGGAGUGCGAGAAUCUUAAAGCCUCUAACGGUCGUUUAUCUUUUGCCUAUCUUCUAAUGCGGGUCUACCGGCAUCCUAUGUUGAAUAGCGAUGUCGCUAUUCAUCUCGAAGAGUUACAGCUUGUCCUUGCGGAUCAACUUCUCAAUGAUCCAGAAUUAACAACUAAAUCAAGUGUUUGCAGGGCGCAUGAGGGUCUUUUUCUAGGUCCGUUGCUGCAUUUUCCUUCUUGUGACAUAUUCAGCUUAGAAUUCUACGAGGGAUUAGUGCUUCUGAUGAAAAAAUGUGAAGAGUUGAAGCAAAACCUAGCGGAGGAUUUUUCCUAUCCGGGUAGACUCAAAGGUAUUCUUCUGGUGUGCUUGUACCGUUGUUUCGAGAAUCCUAGCGUGCUCAAAACUCUGAAAAGUGAUGUUGGUUUUUAUGACAUUGUUAAAUCGAUUGAAAAGGAUCUACUUUUUGCUUCAUGGGAUGAGGAUACGACGCUUUCAAAAACGGUCUUUGAAAGUUAUUCCAGUUUAUUCAAAGUAAGCCCCAAAUGA